AUGGCUUCUCUGUACUCGUUCCUCGCCGCACAUGUAUCCGCCCGGCAGACGACGGGGUCCGAAGCCGGUGCAGGUCCUCCCGGCGGCUCAACCGACCCGUCGCUACUACCGCAUGACGACCGCGGCGGUCUGGUACUCGCCGUGAUUUGGACCGUCCUGCCGCUGUCUGGCAUCCUGCUCGGCCUCCGUCUGUACUGCCGCCAGUGGAAGCGCCUUCAGCUGCUCUGGGACGACGUCUUCCUUGUCGCCGCUUGGCUCGUGCUCCUCCUCGACGCCUCGCUCACCACCUACGUCGUGAAGCUGGGCUAUGGUAGGCACUCCUACGACGUGGCCCUCGAGAACGUCGACGCCCAGGCCCUGAUUGGACUCGUCUGCACCACCCUGUCCAUCACCGCGGCGGCUUGGAGCAAGACAUCGUUUGCCUUGACGCUGCUGACAAUCGCGGGCAAGCGCGUCAGUAUCGCGAUUUAUUUCCUCAUCUUCAGCAUGAACAUCCUGUUGGGCAUCGGCGCCUUGCUCAUGUGGGUCAACUGCAAGCCGUUGCAAAAGGCUUGGAUGCCGAUGAUAGAAGGUUAUUGCUGGGAUAGGAAGCUGGAUGUGAUAUUCGGCAUAUUCAGCAGCGGUUAUUCUGGCCUUGCAGAUAUGACUCUGGCACUCCUGCCAUGGACCAUUAUCCUCAAGCUGCAAAUGAAGACAAGAGAAAAGUUUGGCAUCGCAUUGGCCAUGAGCAUGGGAGUAUUUGCCGCAAUUUGCGCAUUUACCAAGUGCUCAUUCCUUCCAACGCUGACAUCCCGCGACUUUACAUUCGAUGGGGUUCCCCUUGUGAUCUGGGGCGCUGUCGAGGUCGCCGUCACCGUGAUAGCGGCAUCGAUCCCGGUCCUGCGGGUUCUGUUCCGCGACAUAGCCUCGUCGCGGGGCUAUUUCCAGAAGGAGAAGGGGACGGGCGAGCCGAGGUCGGCCAGCCGCCUGGGCAAGCCGGCACACCAGAACCGAUCUCGGACAAACACCUCCAACAAGCACCAGCCGCCGCAGUUUGGGUCGAUCGCGCACUCCACGGUCGAACGCCAAAUGGAGGACUCGAGCAGCACGACGCGGUUGGAGAACUCAAAGUCUAUCCAGACGAGGCGGGAAUUCGACGUCGACUCCGAGUCCUUCGAGAUGAGCAGCAUACACCAUGAGACCCAAGAAAAAGAGCAUGGAGCUACGGUUGUGUAA